CCUUGCCUGUCUAUACCAUGUACUGUCACAUUGUAUAUGCAUUUCGUGUAAGAAGCGCUCCAAAAAUUCAAGGGGUGGUAAUAUAAGGGAACAAUGGAGUUUGAAAUGGAUCAGCCGGAAAGAAAGCCUAGAAGAACGAUUUUCAAGGUUGACAUAAGGAGACGCAAGCUAGUUUUAUUUGUUUACACCUUAUUUGUGCUAGUUCAGCUGGGUCUUCUGUGCUAUGUUACAUACAAAGUUGAGUCAUUAAGUGCUCCUGGUUCGCAAAGUAAUUCUGCAAAUGACGUUCCAACUGCUGCUUAUCUCACCGAUCCAGAUGAAGGGGAAACCAAAAUGGACAAUAUGUCCGAUAUGCAAAAGUUUUUCUUCAGUCAAGGAAUAAUGAUUGAUCAUAAGAUAAGAGAUUGCACUGGUAUAGAGGCAAAAGUGUCGUUCCCUAACAUUGAUUAUGCCUUCUUUGGAUAUGACAUUUAUCGGGGCUUUCCGCUGGCAGACUCACGUGACCCAGGGUUUACUCAUCCUAUUUUCAAAUCUGACUAUUCUAAUAUGCAGCAAACGGCAGACUGUAGAUUUGCUUUACCUAAUGGAUAUAUCGCAGUUGCUAGUGUCUCAUGUGUAACCUCGUUUUCCUCAACGGUGCUGGAAACUAGGAAAGAAUUACAAGAUGUUUUAUCGACAAUGACAGAAGUUAGUGUAGGUUAUAAGGCUUUUGCGUUUUCUUCAAGUUUUGGAUAUAGAAAAAUGACCUCUACAUUGGAGAGAAAGAAGUCCGUUUACAUAAUAUCUUCGGCUACUUGUGACUAUUACUUUGUGAAGCUGCGCAAACAAAUGCCACCAUCAUUUGAUGAUGAUUUCCUCAUUUGGCUGAGCAAACUUGAUGCUUCUGACUCUAUUACAACAUACAUUGAGUUUAUGGAUAGGUUCGGUACACACUUUUUAUCAGAGGUCACGUUUGGUGCCAGAUUUUCAAAUGAGUAUGAAAUGUCUUUAAGCGACUACCAGUCUAUUAAGGAGACUCAAUACAGUGCUAGUGCCCGUGCAUCUUUUACUGGUAAGGUAAGUAUUGGUGCUGGGUUUAGUUUAGAAACAAGUCAGCGACAAGCUGCACAAGAGUUCUCGGAGAGAGUAGAAACCCACACCAAAACUGUUGGAGCAGCCCCGCCUUCAAAUGGAGACGCACUAACUUGGGCUUCCGAGGUGAAAGAUAACCCUGUUCCUUCUAAAAUUAUCUUAAAAGAUAUUGAGGAUCUGUUUGUACCAGAAUAUGUUGCUUCACUUGGAAUUGAUUAUGAAACAAUUCGGUUUAACAUCAUUAAGUAUAAGGAGGAUUACAGACGAUACAGAGCAGAAAACAAUCCAGAGCUUUCAUUUCCUGAUCCAUAUAAUAAAACAGUGAUGUGGAACGUGAACAAGACUCUGAGAGUUGAAGGCGGUUCUUACGGUGAAUGGGGACAUGCUGAAUUCUGCCCAGACAGACAAUAUGCCAUAGGUUAUAAUCUAAAAAUCGAACCAAAUCAAGGCAACGCAGAUGACACUGGACUUAAUGCUAUAAGAUUGAUCUGUGCCGACAGGUUCGGAAAACCCACCGGAUUGACAAUUACGUCGUGGGAGAGCAAAUGGGGCUCCUACAGAAGAGAUAAAUUGUGUCCUAAAGCUGGACAAACUGCCACUUUCCUAACUCGAUUUCGUCUUCAAAUGCAUGAUAUUGAUAUUGGCGCAUCGUUUGCCACAUUUAAAUGUCAAGAUAUAAUGAAAACCACCAAGGAGAUACCGCUAGAGAUAUUUCCUGGUAAGGGUGAGCCUUGGGGGGAAUAUUGGGAGGAGAGUGAAAGUUGCUCGCCUGGAUCGGCUAUAUGUGGUAUGAGAACGAAAGUAGAAGAGCCACAAGGUAAAGAUGAUGACAGUGCAUUGAAUAAUGUAAAAUUCUUCUGCUGUGCUCUCGACAUUACAAAAUAAGAAGGAUGUUUUAUAAGAACAUAAGUUCAUAUACGACUAAAUACAAUAAACAGCUGUUGUGAUAUGAUUAAAAAAGAACUUUUUAUGAUAAACAAUACAGAAUGGUUGCUAGAUGAUACGUGUAAAUACAAUUUUAAACUUAUCUAGACAUUUUAAAAUGUUGAAACUGGAAUUUUUUAAUUGUAAUUAUUCUUUUUUACUUCUAUGUUAUGUUAUUCAAUUUACUUUGUAAAUCUGUCAUUUAUCAUUUAGCACAAAUGAGCCGCGUCACGACAAAACCAACAUAGUGCGUUUGCGACCAGCAUGAAUCCAGAUCAGCCUGCGCAUCCGCGCAGUCUGAUCAGGAUCCAUGCUGUUCGCUAUCAGUUUCUCUAUUUGUAAUAGAGUUUGUUAGCGAACAGCAUGGAUCCUGAUCAGACUGCGCGGAUGCGCAGGCUGGUCUGGAUCCAUGCUGGUCGCAAACCCAUUAUGUUGGUUUUGUCGUGACACGGCUCAAAUACCUUUCUUUGUUGAUACACUGUAAAUCAUAUGCUAUUUUUCCAGGAACAUUCUUUUCAGAAAGAGGAAAUUGCUUUUUAUAUGCCCGAAAGAAUUUCGAACAUAUUAUGGUAUACCCCCUGGCGUCCGUCCGUCCGUCUGUCUGUCUGUAGUUAGCAAUUUGGUUUCCGGAGCAUAACUUAAGUUCCAUUUGGCCUACAAUAUUCAAACUUCAUAGGAUGAUUGUCCAUAUUGUUAAGAAGACCCCUACUGAUUUUUGGGUCACAAGGUCAAAGUCACUAUUACCUUAAACCUAAAAACAGUUUCCUCUCAAUAACAUAAGUAUUAAUCAACCUACAGCUGUACAAUUUUUUAGGAUGAACAGCCAUGUCCAAUACAUGACCCCUAUUGAUUUUUGGGUCACAAGGUCAAAGGUCAGGGUCACUAUUACCUUAAAACUGAAAACGGUUUGUAUUUUGUUCUAUAUGAAUUAUAUUUAUAGGAUAUAUUUAUAUUGUUAUCUUUUUAGACCGUUUUAUUCAUAAUUAAAUUAUCAUCGAAACUACGCCCAAUAUUGGUCUCUGUACUUACUGAGUACUAGAAAUAUUUCACCCCGUGACAGAUGUAUUAUUAAUACAUUGUAUAUCUUUAAAUAUAUAAUUGUUGAAGUAACACGAUAAUUAUAUACAAACUAAAAAGAAAUUUUAAAAAAUGAAAUGAAAAAAGUAAAGGCUAUUAAUUUGUGAUUUUCCAAUCAUAUACUAAAAUUUGAAGCAUUUGAUAUGUUAAAAUGUAUAUCUUAAAAGUAACAGUUGUUUUAUUUGUUCCAAUGGUUUGUGUCAUAUGGCAUUAAUAAUUUCUUGUUCAUCGAAGUGUCUAAAAAGACGUUGCAAAUUGACAUAGCUUCGAAAGUAAAUGUAUAUGUAUUACAAUGUCAGUGUAUGGUAUGGUAGAAACUUUUAUUCAUGUUUUAUAGCAUACAUAUAUCUCGAACUGUAUGGAUACUCUCCCGAGAUUGCAAGUAAUAAAUAAAUUAGUGUAACUGUUAUGUAUUUGAAUGUAGAAUCUCUAAAGUUAAAAGAA